AUGGAUGAAAGCGAUUUGCAGCAGCCUCGCUGCACCUAUUUAUUCGGCUACCCAUUACAACACUCAUUGGCACCUCUUCUCCACUCAACCAUUUUCGAAAGCCUCAAUGUGCCAUGGACCUACGAGCUGGUCGAAUCUGUCGACAAGGGUGAUUUUAUACCCAAACUCAAGGAUAGCAACUGUAUAGGAGCUGCUGUCACUAUGCCACACAAAGUUGCUUGGAUCAACGAGUGCGACGAAGUAACAGACGAAGGUCGGGCAAUAGGCGCCAUCAACACUGUUUAUAUCCGCAAUGAUGAAGUUACGGGUGAAAGAAAGUACAUCGGUACCAACACAGACUGCGUCGGAGUUCGCGAGUCCUUCCUACAAAACUGUCCCGGAAUCACUGAAAGGAGCAAGGGAAAGCCGGCACUGGUUAUCGGUAGCGGAGGUGCCUGCAGGAGCGCUGUCUACGCUCUACACAAGUGGUUGGGAGCCAGCGAUAUAUAUCUCGUUAACCGUCUGAAGGAAGAGGCGGACGCAGUGAUUGAAUCCUUUUCAGCGCUGGAAGACGGCCCAAAGAUGACCUAUGUCUCAUCUCUGGAGCAGGCAAAGGAUCUAGAGACGCCGGCUCUUUUUGUUGGCACAAUCCCCGACUUUCCUCCUAACACGAAAGGCGAGAUUUUGGCUCGAGACAUUGUUAUCGAGUUCGUUCAGAGGGAGGAAAAGGGUGUCUUACUCGAGAUGUGCUAUCAUCCCAGGAUAGUCACGAGCUUAUACCGUCUUGCUGAGGAUAAUGGAUGGAAGGUGAUCCCUGGAACAGAGGCCAUGAUCUACCAGGGUAUCGCGCAGGAGGUUCUCUGGAUGCAGAAACCAUUAAGUGAUAUGCCACUUGAAGCUGCCAAAGGGGCGAUAGCAAAGGCUCUCGGAUCACAAUAA